AACCUGGAUACCUGGAUACAGAGAGAGAGAGAGAGAGAGAGAGAGAGAGAGAGAGAGAGAGAAUAAAUCCCCGCCAUUCACCCGGUCAGGUCAGGAACGGAGCGAUCCUCCAGAGUCCGGAGUCCUCGCGACGUGCACGAUGAGUGUUAGCUAGCCAGCUGAACAGAAGAUACUUGAAUCCCACCUGCAGCCAUGAAUGGUGGGUUUAAUAUUUGGGCCAUAACCCCAGAAGAGAGAGGGAAGCAUGACAAACAGUUUGACUCCCUCACUCCCACUCUGGGAUACGUGUCAGGAGAUCAAGCACGCAAGUUCUUUCUGCAGUCUGGACUUCCUGCUUCAGUACUGGCUGAGAUCUGGGAGUUGGCUGAUAUGGGGAAGGAUGGAAAGAUGGAUCGUUUGGAGUUCUCCAUUGCCAUGAAGCUGAUUAAGCUGCAGCUCCAGGGUCAGCCCCUCCCUCCGUCUCUGCCAAUCAUCAUGAAGCAGACCCCGGUCCCUGUUAUGACAUCAUCAGCACGAUUCGGUAUGGGCUCAAUGCCAAACCUGUCCAUCAUGCCAACGAUGCCCAUGCUGACCCCGAUGCCCGUCGGCUCCUCCGUGACCUCCAUGACGUCUCUGACCUCUAUGCCAGCUGUGCAACCUCUGCUGCCUCUGAUCCCUGACUCGCUCAGCAUGCCGGCCUUACCCAACGGCACUGCCACGGUGCUCACGCCAGCCCCAGUUCUGAGUAAAUCUCACUCCCUCUUGGACUUGGCUUCCAGCAGCUCAAACUCCUCCUCCACCACUUCUCUGGCAAGCAACUCCCCAAAAACCGGAACAUCUGAUUGGGCAGUACCUCAGUCGUCCCGCCUUAAAUACCGCCAGCAGUUCAACAUCCUGGACAAGCUGAUGACCGGAUACCUGUCAGGUCCACAGGUCAGGAAUGCUCUCACUGCUUCUAACCUCACCCAGACCCAACUCGCCACCAUUUGGACUCUGGCAGAUGUGGAUCGUGAUGGUCAGCUGCGAGCAGAAGAAUUUAUUUUGGCUAUGCACCUCGUGGACAUGGCCAAAACGGGCCGUCCGUUACCUCUGACCCUACCUGCUGACCUCUUGCCACCAUCUUUCAGAACCGGAAAGUCAUGUGACCUACCAAAUGGGUCCGUUUCUCUAAUCGGCAUUGACUUCAUCGAACCAGAACCUGCACACAAGAGCAAGAACAAUGUGUCGUUUGAGGAUAAACUGCGGGAGAACUUCCAGCGAGGCAGCAUGGAGCUGGAGAAGCGGCGCCAGGCCCUGCAGGAGGAGCAGCGGCGUGAGCAGGAGAGACGGAGAGAGGAGGAGCGACGGGAGGAGGAGAGGAGGAGGCUGAGAGAGAGGGAGGAGCAGGAGCGGAGAGAGAGAGAGGCUCUGCGCAGACAGAAGGAGGAGGAGCAACGCAUGGAGAGGCAGAGAGAGAUGGAGAGACGGAGGGAGGAGGAGAGGCUGAAGGAGCUGGAGAGACAGGAGGCGGCAGAGCGACAGAGACGGAUGGAGUGGGAGAGGACUAAACGGGCGGAGCUGCAGGCUCAGAGUGAAAAAGAGAAGAGAGAUAUUGAAAGACUCACAGCCAGGAAGAGGAGUCUGGAGCUGGAGCUGGAGGCUGUGGGCAACAGACACAAGCAAAUCUCGGACCGUCUCCGUGAUGCCCAGAGCAAGAGGCGGGUCCAGAGGGCGGAGCUAGAGCUCAUCAAUCAGAAGAGAGAUGGACGCAUCGCUGACAUCAACUCUCUACAGCUGCAGUUUGAGGAUGUUCAGAGACAGCUGAGUAGUCUGGCUCCAGAGAAAAAGAGACUGACGGAAAAACUAAGAGACCUCACACAGACCAACUCUAUCUCCUUUCUCCUUUUCUCAGGUGCAGGAGUGAAUGAUGUGAAGAGGAAUAAGUGUGAGAAGGAUCUGAGCUGCCGGAAGCUGAAGGAGCAAUUGGAUGCUCUGGAGAGGGAGACCACGGCCAAGCUGUCUGAGGUGGAGCGUUACAACCGAGACGUGAAGUUAGUGGAGAUGGAUGACUGUAUGCUACAGGGACUUCUCUCUUUGCUGGGCUGUCUAACCAAUCUCUUCCUUCUAAUCAAGGAGCUGAGAGAGAGGCAGCGGCAGCAGCAGGCCGUGCUGGAGCAGCUCAACCGCGUGAAGUUGGAGAAAGUGAAGGAGCUGCAGAGACGGAGGCAGGAAGAAGAGGAGAAAAGGAGGACAGAGGAAGAAUUGGCCAGACAGGCCAAGCUGGAGCAGGAGCGGCUGCAGAAGGAGGAGGCUGAGCGCCAGAGGAGGCUUGCUCAAGAGAGAGAAGCCAAACUCAGAGAGGAGCAGCAACUCCAGACCCAGGCCCGACUCCGUGAAGCCCAGGAGAAGGCCGCACAGCAGGAGAGGGAGGAGAGAGAGAGGGAGGAAAGGAGGAGAGCGGAGGAGAGAGAGAGGGAGGAGAAAAGAAGAGCAGAAGAGAAAGAGAGGGAGGAGAGAAGGAGAGCAGAAGAGAAAGACAGCAAGGAUAAGGGGGGUGAUGGAGUUAAUGAACGAGGGAUAAAUCCUGUGAACAGCACAAAAGUUGAUCUUCAGUCACAGCUCUCUGCACUGUUCAACAGUACAGCAAACGCAACAGGUACAAGUGUACAACCAACUGGUUUCGAUGUUCAAGGCAAGAAGAGCACGCUGAGCACCUACAGAGCGCUUUAUCCCUUCACUGCCCGUAACUCUGACGAACUGACGCUGGAAGCAGAUGGUCUGAUAGAGGUGGAUGAGUCCACGGUGAGGGAGCCUGGCUGGCUGUAUGGCACCUACCGAGGCAGCAGUGGCUGGUUUCCUGAGAGUUAUGCUGAGAAAACCUGUAAAAAUGAUGAGACAGAUUCGACAGCAGCUGCUACACACAACACAGUGCCCCCUAGUGACUACUCCAGGAUCCCUCGAGUGGAUAUAGAGGGACCAACACCUACACACACUCCUGCAGCAACGCACACACAACACACACAGGCCGUAGCUGUGUGUGCGUGGACAGCUACCACGGACACACAGCUCGGCUUCACUAAGGAUGAUAUCAUCACGGUUCUGGAGCAGCAGGAGAACUGGUGGUAUGGAGAACUCGGGGAGAACCAAGGCUGGUUCCCCAAAACCUACGUCUCCUUGGUGACCGCCACCAACAACACACACACAGAGCCUUUGUAUUCCACUGUCGAUGAUCUGGACCUGCCCGACUCUGUUCUGUUUGAAGAAUAUGUGGCUCUUUACACGUAUGAGAGUCCCGAGUCAGGUGACCUGACAUUCCGAGCUGACGACGUUGUCUUGGUAAUGGAAAAAGAGGGGGAGUGGUGGAAAGGCUGCAUCGGCGACCAAUCAGGACUCUUCCCAUCUAACUACGUCAAACCCAAAGACUACGACUCUGCCAAAGCUGGUGCUUCAGGUAAAAAGCCAGAGAUUGCGCAGGUAACGACAGCCUGUAAGGCCAUGACGGCAGAGCAGCUGAACGUGACUCCGGGGCAGCUGAUCCUCGUUCUCCAUAAGAACUCCUGUGGCUGGUGGCUGGGAGAACUGCAGGCUCGGGGUAAGAAGCGUCAAAAGGGCUGGUUUCACUCCUCAAACGUCAGACUGCUGGAGCCCAACAGUGGUAAAACCACUCCUGCGCCCCAGCCACUGUGUCAGGUCAUUGCCAUGUAUGACUACAAAGCAGCCAAUGGGGAUGAGAUGACAUUCCAGAAAGGUCAGCUGAUCAACGUCCUCAACAAGGACGACUCCGAUUGGUGGAAAGGAGAAAUCAACGGGGUCACCGGGCUCUUCCCGACCAAUUACGUCAAGAUGACUACAGAGUCUGACCCCAGCCAGCAAUGGUGUGCAGACCUUUUGAGCUUAGACUCCAUGAGUUGUGAGGAGAGGAAGAGGCAGGGCUACAUCCACGAACUCAUUGAGACGGAGCAGACGUACGUACAGGACCUGGAGCUGGUGCUUGAGGUGUUCUACAAACCCAUGAGCGAGUCGGGCCGCUUGACCGAGGCUGAGAUGAGUGUGAUUUUUGUGAACUGGAGAGAGCUGAUCAUGUGCAACACCAAACUGCUCAAAGCUCUACGUGUGCGUAAGAAGACGGCAGGUGAACGCAUGCCCGUGCAGGUGAUCGGAGACAUCCUGUCCUCUGAGCUUUCACACAUGCAGGCCUACAUCCGCUUCUGCAGCUGCCAGCUGAAUGCAGCCGUCUUGCUGCAACAGAAAACCGACGCCUUGGCAGAUUUCAAGCUCUUCCUAAAGAAAAUUGCCACUAAUUACAGGUGUAAAGGAAUGCCGCUGUCCAGCUUCCUGCUGAAGCCCAUGCAGAGGAUCACACGCUAUCCUUUACUCAUCAGAAAUAUUUUGGAAAACACUCCAGCAGGACAUGUGGACCAGGUGAACCUUCGGGAGGCGCUGGAGAGGGCGGAGCUUCUGUGCUCGCAGGUUAAUGAGGGUGUGAGGGAGAAGGAAAACUCAGACCGACUUGAGUGGCUGCAGAACCACGUGCAGUGUGAAGGGGUCAUCGAGCAUUUGGUCUUUAACUCUCUGACGAACUGCCUGGGUCCUCGCAAGCUGCUGCACAGCGGGCGUGCGUGGAAGGCUAAAAGCAACAAGGAGCUCUGGGCCUUCCUGUUCAGCGACUUCCUGCUCUUCACCUACACCUCCAAACAGUUCUCUUCAAACACAGACCGACCCUUCAGCCCCAAGUCCAACACCGUCUACAAGAUGUACAAAACGCCUGUGUUUUUGAAUGAAGUGUUGGUUAAAAUGCCGUCUGACCCAUCCAGCGAAGACCCGAUCUUUCACAUCUCACACAUCGACCGUGUGUACACGCUGAAAGCUGACAGCAUCAAUGAGAGAACCACAUGGGUCCAGCGAAUCAAAGCAGCAUCAGAGCACUUCAUAGAGACGGAGAAGCUGAAAAGAGAAAAGGCUUACCAAGCCCGCUCUCAGAAGACAAGUGGCAUUGGACGUUUGUUAGUAACAGCUCAGGAGGCUGUUGAGCUAAAACCCUGCAAGCCUAAUGGUAAGAGUAACCCGUACUGUGAGCUGUCGAUGGGAGCACAGUGCUACACCUCACGGCCUCAGAAUGACACAGUCAACCCUAAAUGGAACUUCAGCUGUCAAUUCUUCAUCAAAGACCUGUACCAGGACGUCCUGUGCAUCACUGUGUUUGAGCGGGAUCAGUUCUCUCCUGACGACUUCCUGGGUCGCACAGAGGUUCCCGUGGCAACCAUAAAGAAGGAUCAGGAUGGCAAAGGUCCGCUGACUCGGCGUCUGCUGCUCCACGAGGUUCCCACUGGAGAGGUCAGAGUUCGCCUCGACCUGCAGCUUUAUGAGCAGACGCCACUCUUCUGACCUUGAACCUCGUACUUGCCGAACGAAACCUUAUUUUUCUAUGAAUCUCUUUUUUUUUUU